UUACAGAAAAAAAAAUUAAACAUAGUCAGUGCUCGUCAAAUUUGCUCAGUUGCUUCGUUAACUAACAGCAGGCCAACCAUAGGCUACACGAUCAAAUAAAAACUCAGCAAACAACUUUAGAAACGGUGCGAUGGAGGAGCAAACCGAAAGCCUCCCCGUAAAGGAUGAAGUUGUUAGCAUAGAUGCGGGGGAGACGAACAGCACAGAGGAGGAUAUGCCUGAAACAGAAGAGCUGGACGAGGAGGCUUUGCCCCAUUCGGAGAUCUUAGACAUUUUCGAAGAGAGCCUUGCGCGCCUGGUUCAGGACCCAUUGCUAUGUGACCUUCCAAUUCAGGUGACAUUGGAGGAGGUGAACUCUCAAAUAGCCUUGGAGUAUGGCCAGGCAAUGACUGUGAAGAUUUUGAAGGCAAACGGCGAGGUUAUGCCCGUAGUGGUAGUGCAGAAUGCCACUGUGCUGGAUCUGAAGAAGGCCAUCUGCAGGUUCAUGGAGCUGAAACAGCAGCGGGAAGGCGGUGUGAAAUGUAUCAGCUGGAGGUACAUAUGGAGAACCUAUCAUUUAGUGUUCCAAGGGGAAAAGCUUGAAGAUGACAAAAUGAGGCUUAAGGAUUAUGGGAUCAGGAACAGAGAUGAAGUAACAUUCAUGAAGAAACUCAGGAAGAAAUGAUGUUCAGCAGAAAACAUCAACAAUGUCAAAGGGAGCCUAAAUUAUUUCAGUGUUUAUCAUAUUAAAUUGCUACCUGUCUGGUGGACCUAUGUUGAGUGUAUUUGGACAGAUAAUGUUCACUUAAUACCAGCCUCUAUCCUGCACCCUCACACCUCAAACAUAGAUGUUGCGUGAAAUCUACACAGGUCAAAUGUUAGCAUCAGUCUAAACGAAGUUUGUGCAACAAGCUCAAAUAAAAACAACCAUGAGUGAUGCUACUUUGUUCACAUGAUUUAGCACAUGAUUUAGGCCUAAUAUCUCUAUAAUCUUGUAUUCCAGGUCUAUGAUUUGAGUUUAUUAAAAUCUGGCUUUGAGCAUUAUGAUUCUUGAAUCGCAGAGCAUAAAAAGACACUGAGGUGCCUGCGAGGACUGUUUUAUUUACUGCUGUGAAAAUACUGAAUGAUCUUUAAAAGAGUCCUCUUCCUUAUACAGAAGUUUGAAGUAUUUACUUUGCCCCAUUUUUCAGUUACUUUUGGAUUUGUAUAAUUUAAAUGUAG